AUGGGUUUUCUGGAAGAUGUAGCUUUGUUGGAAGACGUGAGUAGGCCGGAAGACAUGGAUUUGACAGAACACUUGGAUUAGCUGGAAGACAUGGAUUUUCUGGAAGACCUGGAGGUCUUGGAAGACAUGGAUUUGCUGGAAGACAUGGAUUUGCUGGAAGCCACGGUUUUGAUGGAAGGCCUAGAUUUGCCGGAAGCUAUGGAUUUGAUGGAAGACAUGGAUUUUCCAGAAGACAUUUUCUGGAAGACCUGGAGGUCAUUGGAAGACAAGGAUUUUCUGGAAGACGUGGCUUUUUUGGAAGACGUGGUGCACAAAGACCCGAAUUUUCUGGAAGACCUGGAUUGCCUGGAAAACAUGGAUUUGCUGGAAGACCUGGAGAUGUGGAUUUUUCUGGAAGACAUGGAUUGGCUGGAAGACCUGGAGGUUUGGGAAGACAUGCAUUGUCUGGAAGACAUGGAUUGGCUAGAAGACUUGGAUUUGGUGGAAGAUGUAGAUUUUCUGGAAGACAUGGGCUGACCGGAAGACCUGGAUUUCUUUCCGGAAGACAUAGAUUGGAAGAUCUGGACUAAUUGGAAGACAGAUUUUUCUGGAAGAUACCUGGAUUUUGUGGAAGACCUAUAAUUGCUGGAAGACUUGGAGUUGUUGGAAGACGUGGAUUGGUCAGAAGAUGUGGCUUGUCUGGAAGACAUGGAUUUUCUGGAAGACUGGGAUCUUCUGGAAGACCUUGAGGUUAUUGGAAGACUUGGAAUUAGUUGGAAGACUUGGAGUUGCUAG